AUGUGUCUCACUUGCAAUGCAAAUUGUGAGACCUCUGGAUGUCAUACGACUUUGGGGUGCACAAAUUGUAAACCGGGAUAUUUCCCAAAGAAUCUUGGGUGCAGCCAAUGCAGUGAAAUCGCAAAUUGUGUUACUUGCAGCCAAACUGAACAAAAGUGCACAACUUGUACGUCUGGUAUUUCAUAUGUCAACUCAAGUGGAUUGUGCUCACUUUGCGACGCGUCGUGCAAAACUUGUAACACUGAUGGAACGUGUAACGGGUGUAUUGACAAUUAUAUACCAUAUUUAGUCAACAACAGAUCAUGUCAGGCGUGUUCUUCGUUUGACCCAAAUUGUGAUGUUUGUGGUGAAAAUCAAUACAGAAGAUACACAACUUGUAAAGACAAUUAUUACUUGAACUUGAAUGGCACUUGUUCUCGGUGUGAUCCUUCUUGUGCAAAUAACGGGUGUGACAAAAAGACAGGAAUAUGCAAUACAUGUGCAGUGGGGUUUACUAAACAGAGUGUCGAUAGUGUUAAAUGUCAGUUGUGUACCUCAUAUGAUCCCGAUUGUUCGACGUGUUCACAAACCACCAGAAAAUGCACAAAAUGUGUAACUGGCAAAUAUCCAAAUCCAUCAUCACCAUUUUCUUGUAUGUAUUGUCACCUCAGUUGUCCGAAUGGGUGUUCGACAACAACAGGCGAUUGCAUGACUUGUACAAAUGAUCAGUAUACAAUCAACCCAUCAAACCCAAAACAGUGUCAGAGUUGUUUGGGAUUUGAUUCAAACUGUCUCAGCUGUUCAACAACAGAAAGAAAAUGUCUAUCUUGUCGAAGUGAUGUUUCGUAUUUGGUCAAAGGGUAUUGUGUCUCAUGUGAUUCAACUUGUUUAAAAUGUGACUCAAAUGGUUUAUGUAUUAAUUGUGUUGAUAACUACGUCUUUGAUGAACCAAAACAACAAAAGUGUAUAACUUGUACAUCAUUUGAUGCAAAAUGUGAGACUUGCAGUUCAAGCAGUUCAAGAAAUUGCACCAAAUGCAAAUCGGGUAUGUACCCCGAUACUACCACUGGAAAGUGUAAAUUAUGCGAUUCUUCAUGUGGUGGUAGUUGCGACACAACAAAUGGAAUGUGCACAAACUGUGUUUCUGGUAAAGUGUUUGAUGAUCCAAAGGGCAAGACCUGUGUCGAGUGUUCAAAUUUUGAUGCAAAUUGUGUCGAAUGUGCUUCAAAUGGAGAAAGAGUGUGUUUGAAAUGUCGGGAAAACAGUGGGUAUUAUUUACUGAAUGGAAAGUGUGUUGCAUGUGAUUCAACAUGCAAAGCAAAUACAUGUAAUUCGACAACGGGAUUUUGUUCACAAUGUUUGGUAAAUUACACAGUGACAUCUCCAAUUUCUAAAGUCUGCAAACCAUGUUCUGAAUUUGACCCAUACUGUUCAAAAUGUGCUUUAGAUUUCACAAGAAAAUGCGAAUUGUGUUCAAAUGGAAAAUACCCCAAACCGUCAGAUAAUUACAAAUGUGGUAAAUGUAAUCCGACAUGUGAUGGAAAUUGCAAUGGUACAAAUGGUCUUUGUUUGAGUUGUUUACCAAAUUAUGUAUUUGCUUAUAUUUGUGAUUCGUGUGCAUUAUUUGAUAUAAACUGUUUGACGUGUGACUCGACAUAUCAGAGAAAAUGCGUAACAUGUCGAACAAGUGGGAUGUAUCCAAGUGACUCAACAUACAAAUGUGUCUCAUGUGAUGCAACAUGCAAUGGAAACUGUGAUCAAACAACGGGCAAGUGCACGGGUUGUAUCAACAAUUACGUGUUUGAAGCAACUAAGAGUCGUGUGUGUGUUGCUUGCAAAUCGUUUGAUCAAAAUUGCAAAACGUGUUCUUCCAAUUACAACAGAAAAUGUGUUGAGUGUGAAAGUGGAUACUAUCCAAAUCAAAGUGGCGUCUGUGUGUCAUGUAACACAACCAUAACAAACUGCAAAUCAUGUAAUUCAAGAGAAAACAAGUGUUUGUCGUGUCAAAACCCGUAUUACCUCUUCAACUAA